AAGCGGGAAGUUUAUGAUGAUAUACGAAACUUACAAGCCACGUGUCGUCAUAGGGUUACGUCGAUCCGAACUAACUGAGAAAAUGAAAAAGGAUAUCCACCCGAACGUUGUUGCUUGGAAGCUUCAGGUUUCGGCACCAGCAUGCUAGCAUGUCUGCUAUCCGUCUCACAAUCCACACAUGACACCGCAUCCCCUUUUGCCUUCCCAAGGCUAUAUCUGAUCCGGAAAUCGACUGCCUUUGACGUGCACAGAUCAUUCACCCUAACUUCACAUCCAACAAUUCCUUGCAAGCUAACGAAUGGACACGCUUUCAAUCCUCACGCCGUUGCGCGUGGCGAGGUGUCCAUGUUGUACAUAUACGCGCUCGUUCCACGUUGUUGAUCGAUGUGCAUAAGGACCCAGCGAUCAGGAGCUGACUGUUUUGUCCUCCAGCAAUCGGCCAUGUCGUCCCUGGUCAGGUCGUUCGGGUCUCUCUACUCCCAGAAGCUCCGCUCCACCACCCGUCUCGGAUCCGCGACGGCGGCGCCACCGCGUUUCCAGGCGUUGGUCCGAUCGGGAUUCUCGGGCUCCAGCCACGGGGGAGACGUGAGACGUCCGCCGGCUCGGCCGAGCCAGCAUCAGUCUCAGGACAAGGAGCGGACGCCUUUCUUCAUCUUGGCAAGGCUGGCCGUCGGUUCUAUUCUUGCUGCUGCAGCGCCAAUGCUGCAUUCCAGAUGGGCGUCGUUCCUGCUGAUUCAGAGUAGAGCAAAGAGCCCUGUACCGCGCGCCGCGAAACUCUGCACCGAUGCAAAAUUUAACUCUGCGCCGAUGCCAUCAGGUGAGGUGGAUAUGGUGAAAGACACGGCGGAGGUAGUGGCGGAGGCCGUCGAGGACGCGGCCACCGUCGCAGAGAAGGUGUCGUCGGAAGUGGCCGAGCAGCUGCCCGAGAACGGGAGGCUGAGGACAGCGGUCGUGCUCCUGGAGCACGCGUCCAAGGAAGUCGCCGAGGAGGCACACCUUGCACAGAACAUCAUCCACAAGAGCAAACAGAGGGCAUCUAUCAACAACAGCAGAGCGGCUCAGGUGCAGCUGCAGCUCCUCAGAUCCACUUCCGGAUGUCUAGAACACGACGGCGGCGGCUGCCACAGCGCCGGCGAUGGCGACGAAGCUGAUGGCGGAGGCAGAUGCGGCUGUGCUCUUCUCCGUGACGGGCGCGGCGGCCGGAGUCAGAGCGGAGGCUCCCGCCGGGGCCAUCGCGUCGCCAAAUCCCGCACCGGCGGGGCUCGUGGCUGGAGCGUCGGCGGAGGGGGCGGACGCCGGCGACAUCGUGGGAGGCGAGGGCGGGGAGGCCAUGGGGGCCCUGGUCGGCGGCGGCGGGAGAGGGGCCAUCUUGGGUGGCGCAGGGGCUGGGGCGCGCUUGGGCGACGCGGCAGGGGCCUGCGCCGUGGCCGCGACGGCAAAGAGGGCGAGGAGAGCAACGAGGACGGCGGCGACGCGGGCCAUCGAUCUCACCAAGUGACAGUGACUUCCUUCCUGGAUUGUAUAGUUAAAAAAACUUGGCGAUGAGAGAAGGCCGCACGCGACGCCGUAUUUAUAGGCGAGGCGGCAGUGGCCGCUGGGUUCGUUUUCAAAUACUUUCGGGUACUUAUUA